AUGCCGAACUCUUUGGUAAGCAAGCUUCUGGCUGCGGAAGUGCGGCCUGAGUGCAACAAGGCACUGUUGCGGACCGUGCGAGCCUUGCAGAGCUUGGAACCGUGGGUGCUAAGACUUAUCGACGCCACAGGGAAGUACCCAACGGGCUUCUUGGAAGCAUCUCACGUCGACAUGGGCGCGUUCGACCAGUGCCUCGAGACCUUUGUGCGGGACCGCAGCGGCACCGUGGUGUCCCGGGGCCAAUACUGCAACUUGCAUGUCUACGCUAAGAGUUCUGCAGCACUGCAGGCGAUGAUGGACUACAUGUCGGACGCUAUGCACCCGAGUCUUGUUUAUUUCACGAAGCAUGGCAGUUCCGCAGAAGACCCGCUUGCUCGUCUGGCACUAUGUUACAUUGAUGAAUGCAACCAACGCGACUUACAAGCUCUUGUUAACGCAGUAAGUGUUCCUUUCUUCAGGUUUGAAGUGUCGAACUGCGUGACAGCUGAACCAAGACCAUGGAAUAACACACAGAUAGCGAUUGCAAUAUUUGCCGGAGUUCUACUGUUGGUCAUUAUUGUCAGUACUCUGGCUGACCAUUUCGCGCAGCAGCAAUCUGAGUGGAGAAAGAAUCAUGGACUCGCGUUUCAAGUUGUCCAGGCUUUCUCGGCGAAAUCCAACACUGAGCUGCUACUCUACGUGCCUAGCAAAGAACAAGCCGAGCAACACUCUCUGCUAUUCCUCCACGGCAUCCGAUGCUUAGCCACUGUUCACAUUGUGGCCGGACAUUUGAACGUGAUGAUAACGGAUAGCUUAACACGUGUGUUGAGCUUGUUCGCUGGUUCAACAAAGUGGCAGAACAUGCUCAUACCCGCCGCCUUCAACAGCGUUGAUACUUUCUUCUUUCUCAGCGGUUUCUUCCUGUGUCACAUCAUAUGCAAGCAGAAAGCGAACAGUGCUGCUGUUUUCAUCAUCGCCGUGAUUAAGAGGUUGAUCAGGAUGUGUGUCCCACUCUUCUUCGUCAUCAUGUGGUUCUACUUGCUUCCUCGGUUCGUCGACGGACCGGACACCGAGGCGUUUUUCCAGCGAUUUAAUGGUGAACUGUCCAAACACUGGUGGAUGUUCCUUGUGCAAAUCAGAAACUUUUACGAAUUUGAUCUACAGGAUAUAUUAGUCUACCCGUGGUACUUAUCAGCAGACUUCCAGCUCUUCCUGGUCUCACUUCUGACAUUACUGACAUUUAGAAGGUAA